GCACAACACGAGGGCAAGUGUGAGUAUGAGCGGUUACCAUGUGAAGCCUGCCAGGCCCUCAUCCUGCGCAGUGAAAAAGAGAAGCACAACGAGAGAGAAUGUGAAGCAAGGACAUUGAACUGCAAGUACUGCAAAGUCUCCUUCAACUUCAAGGAAAUCAAGGUGAGACGCUUAUCUGGAGAACACCAAUGGCCUACAGUACUCCAGAGAUUCAGAUUCUGAUGAGAUGGUUAUGGAAUGUGUUUAUUCUGAGAUGAACUGAUAUUCUCAUACCUACUCCCACUCCUGAUGUAUUAUAGGCUCAUGAUGAAAUCUGCCAGAAGUUUCCCAUGCAGUGCAAGGACUGUGGAAAGAAAAAGAUCCCACGGGAAAAGGUCUGUCCUCUACUGUGUCCUUUUGAAAGUCUUAAUUUGGUUUGCUUUCUAGGUCAAUUAAUCGUAUCUUAUCAGCCUUGGUUCUAUACAGUUUCUGCUUUCAAUAAAUAUACAUUAUUGCCUAGUCAAGAGGAGUAGGCCAGAGCAUGAACAGACUAAUUUAUCACCCUUUAGUAGAAGUAGGUCUCACUAUGAAGUUCUCAUGACACAACUAAGAAGGUAGUUGCACUUUACGUUUGAGUUGGCCCUUUGAACUUAGGUUAUUUUAUUCUGUCUCAACAGUCAUCUACUUUCACAUUUGAAAUAAUGAAGGUUAUUUUCAUGGUUAAGCCCCCAUUAAUCUCCAUAACCCUGAUCUUUCUCUUUCUGUUCUCUCCCUGCAGUUUCUAGAUCACAGCAGAUCCUGUGCCAAGUCUAAGACUGCAUGUCCAUUCAGUGAGGUCGGCUGCAAGGCUGUUGUGCGUAUAGCAUAUCAAUUAUAUCUAAUCAGAUAAGGUUUUAUCUACAGUAUAUGAUGAUGGCCUUCUUAGAUAUUUGAAAAAUGCAUAUCUUUGAUUGUAAUGUCCCAGACAGCUCUUGAAUACUAUUUCUUGUUUGUCAGAGGAAUCUGGUUUGUUCUUCUCUGUAUUUUCCUAUGACCUGACCUCAUUUGACAGUCAAAUAAAUAUGGAAAACUGUGUAGCCUUGUAGAUCAAGAACAAUCCCCUCUUUCCUCUUAUGUUUCUGAGUCACCUUGACUAUUGUACUGUGAGUACUCCAUGUCGUGCAGACAGUGAACAAUUUUCUGUUGAUUGUCUGGUUUAUAUUUAGACCUUUAUAGUUAGACAAUUGUACAGACAGACAAAACAGAAACUGUGAGGAUAACAACUUUGUGGCAACUUCUUGGUUGAGGUACAAGUAGUAUCCAACGUAGUAGUACGUACAGCAUUAUCAAACAUCUACCUGCCCAUUGUUGGGGUGCAAAAAUAACUUCUCUGAUUUAGAUACUUUUGUAUAUAUAGUGUAUGUGGACACCCCUUAAAUUCGUGGAUUUGGCUAUUUCAGACACACCCGUUGCUGACAGGUGUAUAAAAUCGAGCACACAGCGACGCAAUCGCCAUAGAAAAACAUUGUCAGUAGAAUGGCCUUACUGAAGAGCUCAGUGACUUUCAAUGUGGCACCAUCAUAGGAUGCCAACCUUUCCAACAAGUUAGUUCGUCACAUUUCUGCCCUGCUAGAGCUGCCCCGGUCAACUGUAAGUGAUGUUAGUGUGAAGUGGAAACGUCUAGGAGCAACAACGGCUCAGCCGCGAAGUGGUAGGCCACACAAGCUCACAGAACGGGAACGCUGAGUACUAAAGCGCGUAUCCCGCAAAAAUCGUCUGUCCUCGGUUGCAACACUCACUACCGAGUUCCAAACUGCCUCUGGAAGCAACGUCAGCACAAGAACUGUUCGUCGGCUGGAGUGGUGUAAAGCUCAUUACCAUUGGACUCUGGAGCAGUGGAAACGCGUUCUCUGGAGUGAUUAAUCACGCUUCACCAUCUGGCAGUCUAAACGGACAAAUCUGGGUUUGGCGGAUGCCAGGAGAAUGCUACCUGCCCCAAUGCAGCUGUAAGGUUUGGUGGAGGAGGAAUAAUGGUCUGGGGCUGUUUUUCAUGGUUCGGGCUAGGCCCCUUAGUUCCAGUGAAGGGAAAUCUUAACGCUACAGCGAUACAAUGAUAUUCUAGACGAUUCUGUGCUUCCAACUUUGUGGCAAAGGUUUGGGAAGGCCAUGUCCUGUUUCAGCAUGACAAUACCCGCGUACACAAAGCGAGGUCCAUACAGAAAUGGUUUGUCGAGAUCAGUGUUGAAGAAAUUGACUGGCCUGCACAGAGCCCUGACCUCAACCCCAUCGAGCACCUUUGGGAUGAAUUAGAACACCGACUGCGAAGCCAGUCAUAAUCUCCCAACAUCAGUGCCUGACCUCACUAAUGCUCUUGUGGCUGAAUGGAAGCAAGUCCCCGCAGCAAUGUUCCAACAUCUAGUGGAAAGCCUUCCCAGAAGAGUGGAGGCUGUUAUAGCAGCAAAGGGGGGACCAACUCCAAUUUUAAUGCCCGUGACUUUGGAAUGAGAUGUUUGACGAGCACGUGUCCACAUACUUUUGGUCAUGUAGUGUAUUUUCUUGGGUAUUAGACACACCCUCAAAAGAGAGACGUCUAAUGAGACAUCUAGUGUUUUGAGAGUAAAUGCUCUAUGAGCUUUAUGUGCAGUCCCCUACAAUUUAAUUCCAGCUUGAAUCUCAAUAUUGAAGGGCAUCUAAAAUUGACACUGAACAGUAUGAUACAGACUAUUUAACUCAAUGUGCUAAAUGCCUUGUGUUGUGUCACCACAGAUUGAUAAUGGGAAACACAGUGACCACGAGCAGACUAGUGUCAUGGAGCACAUGCGUCUGAUCCUGGCGCUGAUGUCUAUGGUGCGUCUUCAGCGUCCAGAGGCCCCAGGGUCGGGGGAGUGGCAGGAGGACUCUGGGCUGGGCCUGUACCGCGCUCCUGAGGAUGGAGCCACAGCUACUGCAGCCACAGCUGGGGGAGGAGCUGCUGCCUCUGGACAGAUGUGUGGCCUUGAUCACAAGGUGGGCUUCAUUUGUCCCGUGUAGCUCAGUUGGUAGAGCAUGGCGCAUGCAACGCCAGGGUUGUGGGUUCGUUUCCCACGGGAGCCAGUAUAUAAAUGUAUGCACUCACUAACUGUAAGUUGCUCUGGAUAAGAGCGUCUGCUAAAUGACUAAAAUGUAAAACAUUUGGUCUGAUGCAUUUGAUGAAUAGGAAAUACUACAGAAGCUAUUCUGUUGGUCUUUUUUUUGUUUUUUGCUUCCCUUGUUUAGCAGGACAAUGACAACCAAGCUGUUAAAUGAUAAAACAGAUUGGCAUCCUACUUGUUAUUGAACUCUUACAGAUGGCCUGAAUACUAAUCCAUACAGAGAUGUUGCAGAUGCAGUAACACAUAAUGAAGGACUUGUCUUCAUUGUAUUCUCUGUGUUGUGGUGCUGCAGGUGACAGCACUGGAGAAUAUAGUGUGUGUACUGAACAGAGAAGUGGAGAGGAGUUCUCUCACUUUAGAGGCCUUCUCACGGCAACAUCGUCUAGACCAAGACAAGAUUGAGAACCUCAGCAACAAGGUACGUCAACUAGAGCGUACUCUUACCAUGCGGGACCUACAACUGGCUGAGACAGACCAGACUCUGAGAGAACUCCAGUUUUGCACGUUUGAUGGUGUCUUUGUCUGGAAGAUCGCUGACUUCUCACGCCGCCGCCAGGACGCUGUGGCCGGACGAACACCUGCUAUGUUCUCACCAGGUUAGAUCUGCCUUGAUUAUUUGAUUUUUAUGUUAUUCACCAGUCCUUAAGGCCUGCAGUUACAAGUUGACUGGAUUUGACUUGAUAAUCGUUCUAUUUUAAUUUAGGAAAAUAGGAUUUGAUAUCUUUAUGUCCUUGCUCUUUAGUGUAUCAUAAGUAUACCAUACUCUAUGGAAAUGCACAUUUAUGGCAAUGUAAUUCCACAAGCAUGCCCUCAAUUUUACCACAAGUGACUCAAUAAGUCAAAGAAGCACAUACUGUGAGUCUAAUAUAGUUCCUCUUCUCCCAUAGCAUUCUACUCGAGUAAAUAUGGCUAUAAGAUGUGUCUGAGACUUUAUCUGAAUGGGGACGGAACGGGUCGAGGGACACACCUUUCUCUUUUCUUCGUGGUGAUGAGGGGCAAGUGUGACGCUCUUCUCAAAUGGCCCUUCAGUCAGAAGGUAAGACUUGAGUAAAUAAGGGAUACAAAGUAUAUUGAAAGCAGGUGCUUCCCAAUAGAGUUCCAGGUACUAGAAUCUAUGCCAAGGUGCAUUGAAGCUGUUCUAGCAGCUUGUGGUGGCCCAACGCCCUAUUAUAACACUUUUAUGUUUGUGUUUCCUUUAUUUUGUCUGUUACCUGUAUCUAACAUAAGUAACUACAACAAAAUGCAUUAUAAAAAAAAUAUAUAUAUAUAUUAAGUCUCCAUCCUCUUUCCUCGUUCCCUGUAGGUGACACUGAUGCUGCUGGAUCAGAAUAACAGGGAGCAUAUCAUUGAUGCGUUCCGGCCCGAUGUAAGCUCCACCUCUUUCCAGCGACCAAUCAGUGAGAUGAACAUAGCCAGUGGCUGCCCACUCUUCUGCCCAUUGGCUAAACUGGCAGGCAAGAGUUCCUACCUUAGGGAUGACACAAUUUUCAUCAAGGCCAUUGUAGACCUCACAGGCCUGUAG